AGUUGUACCUUACAUGCCAAAACUGGCUGGACCUGGGAAAGAUUCAAAGACUUUGUCGCGAGGCUUGAAGGUUUUCGCAACAAUUAUUGGUAAGUGUCAUUCAUCUUUAAAAUGGUGGUGCCCAGUCCCUUACUUAGACCCUCGCUAUGUCCAAAGUCCAAAUGAGCACGAGUAUUUUAUUAGUUUCUAUGAACGAGCUGCCCAGUCAAACUCCCGAGUGUUAAUUUAUCGGAGUUAAAACUGGCAGGCGUUGGCGAGGCAUACCGAGUCUGCAUAAUAGGGCAAGGAACAGAAACCAAUGUGCUUUCAGGCAGAAUAGCUAUCGCGCACGUCUCGUUCCUGUUGUCUGGUCAAAGACAAAGUAUGCUACUGACAAACCUGACUUGUAAACUUGAAGACACUCACUCUGUCUGCUAUUUCAAACUGGUCGUUGCGUACCAGACUCUUUUUGGGGGAAAGUACUGAAAGUGUUAUUACUGUCGCAUUGAGGUGUUAUUACAGACAAUACUGAACUGUGUCACGGUUCUCUCUAAUUAGAUAACCUGUUCGUGAAGUUGAAGUAGUGCUAGAAGAUGAAGUGCACCUGAGCAAUAUUGUGCGCCCUACCACCACUAGUCGGCAGUAAAGCACCUGCGUUUUUUUUUUUUUUUUUGUAGUGCCAUGGCUUCGAGUAGCCUAGGCUACUGCUACCCGCAAUGGUCUUACAUGUUUCAGGGAUGGUCAUUAUCACUGGAAAAUAUACGUGGGCGUCUGGAUAUCUGUGCUUGGAUUGAAAUUCUCGGAAUUAAAUUAUUCAUAUACAGGCUUCUUCUUAUGAAGACAAAAAUCAGGCGUGCGUUCUGUUUACAUCAAUCAAUAUGGAAAGCGCGUAUCGCAUCACAGAUCGAUGAUAUGUACGAGAAGGCAUUACUCAUUCUUUAUAGUUUUGAAGAAGUAGGCCUAGUCCCCACUUGUUUUGUUAGGAACAUAAAUACUUUACAGGCCUACUCACGUCAUUUUGGAGGCCGCUUCGUUAUCUUGAUCGUACUCGAUUGGUUUUGUUAAGAGAUAUGCCUAAGCCUAGAGGUUUUUAAUCAGCCACAAACAAAUAUUAUGGACGUUAUAAUCUGUCAUGCUCCCAUAAAAGCUCUUCCGUAGCAGUCUACACUGUCCACAGUAGACAGCCUCGAGGCCUGUGACGUUAAUAUGCAUUCAUGAUCUGCAUAAAAAUAGAGAAAGAUCUUCAUUUCGUAUGGGCUCCUAUUGUGAUUGUAAUAUAUUAUGAAUGGUUCUGAGCAGCCUGAGUGGGCUGGCGCUAUCGUGUUUCUUGGUGUUGUCAGCCUCGCCCACUUACAUUGGAUUGGUUCUCGAUGGCCAAAUAUGGUGUGUGGGGGUGGAUAGGUGGACCUUGCCCUCCACGUGGGUGUGAUGCUACCCUGCCUAUUGGCCAGGAGUGACAACGUCUACAGACUCUCUUCGGCUGAUUGGGUGGAAUGCUGUCCUGUAGGCGUAAUCCUAGUUCUGUCCAAGUAAGAUACCUUGCAUCAGAAUUCAUUGUCGGUUUCACUGGAGCUGCUUUGAGCGUGUACGCGCUACAGGGCUAAGCUGUGUUAAUCUUUUCAGGCUUCGGCACCUUCUAGUUCCGCCUGAUGCUUUUAGCUCCAUACAUUGAUGGACAAUAGAAAUAGAAACAAAGAACGCAUAUAAUGCCAAAUCUAAUCAAGAAAAAGGACAUGUGUUUGGGCUACUGUUUUUCGAAGACUAGUUUAUUGUAGCUACCUUAUUCUCCUACUUGAAAUCUGCUGGAAUUGUUAAAGCGUCGCGUUGUCGAAAUCUGGAACGAACCUGGCCCAAGCUACACCUAGCGGAAUAACAUAGGCUGCGGUAUCAUUUAACCUGGGAAUACGCUCUGGUUGCAAGGCGCACCGUCGCGGGACUGUUGGUUUUUUAAUGUGUCUUCUAAAACAUAACGGUUUCUUGCUUUGAGAUUAAGACGAACGUUGGCCCAGACCAUUUAAUUACACCAAGCCACCAGACUCGACGCCUCUCUUCUUGAAUACAGGCUAUCGAAUGGACCAGCAUCCAAGCGCCCGGAGCUGCACCAGCCGCGGAGCUCCGUCUUGCGAGGCCGUCCCCAGCGAGCCCUCCAUGAAUUUGUUCAUCCAUUCUACAACUGGCACUCGCUUCGAACUCUCCCUUCCACUCGAGGAGACGGUAGAGGGUUUGAAGAGAAGACUGUCCCAAAGACUCAAAGUACCUAAAGAAAGACUCGCACUGCUACACAAAGAAACGCGCCUGAGCACAGGAAAACUCCAAGACCUGGGUAUCACCGAUGGGAGCAAGUUAACGCUCGUCCCAACCGUAGAAGCAGGCCUCAUGUCUCAAGCAUCCAGACCAGAGCAGUCCGUUAUGCAAGCGUUGGAGAGUUUAACAGAGACUCAGGUCAGUGACUUCCUGUCCGGCCGGUCCCCGCUGACCCUGGCGCUGCGCGUGGGCGACCACAUGAUGUUUGUGCAGCUGCAGCUGGCGGCGCAGCACGCUGGCGGCCAGCAGAUCCAGCACCGCCACUUGAUCUCCCGCAGCAGCAGCAGCACUAGCGCAGGAGCAGCAGCAGCAGCAGCCGACGCCGCUGCCACCACCACCACCACCACCACCACCCACGCCACCGCCACAGGACAGUCACACGGUGUCUUGGGGAGUGGUAGUGGCAGCACCAGUGUCGGACUGCCCCGGACCUCUCACCACCACCACCACCCGUCGCACCACCCUCAUCAUCUCCAUCAUCACCACGCCAACGCCCACUCCCACUCCCACUCCCAUUCCCACCUGCUGCAUCCUCACCCCGCCCAGCCCCCCAGCCCGCCGGCCUUUGCCCCCUCUGCACCCAUGCAGUCUCCCGCCCCCAUGUACCCCCACGGCAGUCCCCACCAGGCCUCCACGGCACACUGCAGUCCGCAGCAGCCCCAGACGCCACCGCCGCUCCUCCAGACGCGCUCCUCGACGCUGGUCUCCCCCAGCCUCCUGCGCUCUCAUCAUCACCAGGCCACGCCCUCCUCCCCUUCCGCCUCCCCCUCCGCCUGCUCCAGCCCUACCACCCCCACCACUCCUACCUCACCCAUCCCCAGCCCCACCUCCAGCCCUGCCGGACCCUGUGCAGAGGCCAGCUGCACGGCCAAGAGCCCCAGCAGCAGCAGCAGCAGCAGCAGCAGCAGCUCCAGCGGCUCUUCUUCGUCGCGCUCUCGCAAGCCCGGCGCCAUCAUCGAAAGCUUUGUCAACCACGCCCCCGGGGUCUUCUCGGGGACAUUUUCAGGCACUUUGCAUCCUAACUGCCAGGACAGCACUGGACGUCCCCGGCGGGACAUCAGCACAAUCCUGCAGAUCCUCAACGACCUCCUCAGCGCCACGCGGCACUACCAGGGCAUGCCCCCCUCCCUCACCCAGCUCCGCUACCAGACGCAGUGCAGCAGCGGUGGCAGCACCACCGCCACCAGCAGCACCAGCGGCAGCAGUGGCAGCAGCAGCAGCAGUACUGGGGGUGCCCCCGGCUCCCUGUCCUCCCCUCCACCUUCACCCUCGGUCGCCAGCCCCGCCCCGGCCCUCUCCGCUACCUCGGUGCCCGCUAGCAGCAGCAGCACCAGCCAGGCUGGCCUCCAUCAUCACCACCACCACCACCACCACCAUCACCACCACCCACUGGUGCAGUGUCAGAGCCAGAUCCGCAUGUGCAAGUCACCUGGCGAGCGCAUGCGUCAGACGGAGAACCGGGCGACGCGCUGCAAGGUGGAGCGUCUGCAGCUGCUGAUGCAGCAGAAGCGCCUGCGCAGGAAGGCGAGGCGGGACCAGCGCGCCCCCUACCAGUGGCUGCCCAACCGCAAGGCCGGCCGCAGCAACAGCAACAGCAGCAUGUCCAGCGACGCCGGAUCCCUGGACCUGGACUUCGAGGACUCCGUGUGGAAGCCCGACGUCAAGGCCGACAUGAAGACGGAGUACGUCAUGGCCUAAAGAGGAGGGAGGUGACCGUGGUGACGGCGAUGCUGGUGGCAUGGUUGCCAUGGCAGCACAGCUGAUGGAGGAGGAAGAGGAUGGUUGGCUGCUGGGAUGUUUGGAAAAAGAUGGUCGUUUUUUGAGUGGAUGCGGUCUUGUGACUUGUGGAAAUGAGGAGGAUAUGGAAGCGUUUUCUUUUCCUCAACCUUCUCUGUGUUUAAGGAGUAGUUUGACAUGCUGAUGUCUCUCUCACUCUCUCUCUUGUUGACAUUUGUGAGGACAAUGACAAACACAAGGACACAACGACAACAAAAAAAACUUUUUGGACAGAGUGGGAACCUGCAUUCUGAGCAUAUAAAUGCUGGUUGUCCCUUUUCGAGGAGGAAGAAGAAAACUGAGCAUAGCAGACUUUGGUGUAAUUUCUCUUUUUUGUGUUUGUUUGUUUGUUUUUGUUUUUUUGUUUGUUUGUUUACUAGCUUUCCAAGGAAAACUCUGGCUGGAGAUUCACACUGCUGAAAGGGACUCUCAGUGUGCUGAACAGACAUUAAAAAAGACGCAGGUCUCAAACCUGCGCUUUUCUUGACACACUUUGGAAAAUGGGCAUUUACCAGUCUCCAGUUUCACCAAACAGAGUUUGUUUUUAAUUCUUUAGAAGUUAUUUUUGUUUGUUUUGUUUUACUUUUUUUUUUCAAAACAUAUUUUUUCUACGGAAAUAUGUAGCAUUGUUCACAAAGCAUUCAGGUUUUCGUACAGUUGAAAGGUAUUUUAUUUGCACAUAUCUCGACGAUUUCAUUUUUUGGUGGCUGGUUGCAAGCGUGUGGAGGAAGCCUCCUUGGGCUGUGACAUUCGUGGACAAAACAAAAGAAGAAAAACAGUACAAAUAAGGAAAUGCAUGUUUUCCAUCUAAAACAAGUGGAUCUCCAAAACAAGCCCCAGUGACACAAGUCAUGAGUAGGAAGCAUUUAUAACUAAAAGAAAUAAAUAAUAAUGAAAAAUAUUAGUCAUGCAGAGGGUUGUAAAAUCAAUGCCUUUGAAAAAAAGUAUAUAUAUAAAGAAGAGAUAAUCGUCUAUUUUUGUUUGACUUUUUUAAUCUGCUGUUUUCAAAAAACAGUUUCCCAAAAUGGCUUGGCUCAAGUCCUGAAAAAAAAUUGGUUAAACUACAGUACUGUAAUUUAUGUUUUCUCUUGGUCUCUUGGUCAUCCAUUCAUUCGUUAAUUGAAAAGAGAUCAUGUCCUGACGUUUGUCCUCUCGUUUUCUUACUGUAAAAGUCACAACCUCUGUAAAACCCUGGUUUAGAAAGUUUCUUGUGUUAUUUUUUGAUCAGCCGAGUGGAGUGGGUGUAUGUGGUUUGUGUUUUUGUUCUGCGUGUAAGUGGGUGUAUGCAUUUCUGUGGAUGAACGAGUAAACAAAGACAACCGUG